AACAUAACUACUCAAUUACAAAGCUUGUGAGCCAUAAUGGAUGGCCUAUCCGGGUGAAACUUUGUCUGCUGCAAUUACAAAUCAACUAGCUGGCCAGUUGGACCCUGGCCAUAAAAGGGUUCCCCGAAUGCCAGCGAAAAGCUCAGUGAUUGAGUGACUCGCUUUCGGGAUGGCCAAGGGAGAUAAAUCGGUGGAGGCAACUAGUUUCGGUGGCACCAGUAGUGACAAGUGCCUCGUGGACUUGCUGAGGGUCCAUUUUCGGAGCUAUUGCGAAAAGUCAACGAUUCACUGUGUUCGCUAUCUUUACGAUCCCCAGUUGCACAAUGUGGAGAGGUUUGUUUUUAAAAAAAAUAUUUUAAAACCAUUUAAUUUUUUAUUAAAUCUCCGUAUAAUCUUCACCCGCAGACUCAUCUGGUGCGUGCUGCUCAUCAUCAGCGUAGCCUUAUCCUGUUUCUUUUACCUUCUACUCUCGGAGCGUUUUGUGUCCCAGAAGCUGCAGACAGUUGUUCACGAUCCACAGUACCCCGUUUUUCUGGUCCAAUUUCCGGCCGUAGGAAUUUGCACAGACAAUCGCAUCAAUUGGAGCAAAUUGGAGGCGGCCAAGGAGAAGUUCCUGCCUGCCAAUUCGAGCGGGGAAUUGGUUGAGAGCUUCACCACCUUGGUUUCCCGAUUGGAAACUCUCCGCUUCGGCAGUUAUAUGGCCAGUUUGGCUCAGCUGGAGGACGAUAACCUGGAGGCGGUGGGAUUUGUGAACCUAACCGACUUGGCCAUAUUCAUGACCCUCCAGUGCGAGGACAUCUUGGUCACGCACUCCUGCCUGUGGCGCAGUUCCUCCUUCAAUUGCUGCGAGUACUUUGUGAUGGAGAAGACAGAGUUUGGAUUUUGUUUGGUCUUCAACUCGGAGAUUUCGCCCCGCUCCAAGGCAAUUCGACAAAAGGAGGGCUUUCAUUUUUAUCCCAGGCACAAUGCCAAGGCGGGUCAGAGUACGGGAUUGAAUUUUGAUCUACUCAUCAAUGAGAGUUUCAAGCGACCCGAUUCGCAGGCAAAUGAUAAUGUCUACGUGGGUAUAUCUAAGGGAAAUUAUCCAGAUCAAUUGACGAAUGUGGUUUACUCCAUGACCCAAAACACCGAGACCUAUGUAACCGUACGUCCUGAUCUCACUUGGACGGAUGAGACCACGCGUAGUAUUCCGCCGGAGCGAAGGAAUUGCCUUUUUGCCGACGAGCAGAGUGAGCUGGAUACCCAUGAUGCAGCCAAGAAAUAUGGAAAGCCCUUUCAGCUCACCAACUGCCUGAAUAGAUGCCAUGAAUCCUACUUGGUUCAGAUGUGCAACUGCUCACUGCCCAUUUUUUUCUUAUACAACAACAGGGUUAAAGAAUGUGAUGCAGCUAGCCUGCGCUGCUUGGCUCGUCACAAUGACAUUUUCAGCUACGAUAAGCGCAGGGACGAGGAUGCCCUUUUCAGUGCCACAAAACCGGGGAUGACCUGUUCCUGUUUGGUGAACUGCUACCUGCUCGACUAUUAUACGGCCACCACCACUCUGCCCUUGUCAGCCCAUAAACUCCCCAAAGAUCCACAUCAGAAACUCUUUAAGGUGGAUGUGCACUAUCAAGUGGAAACUACUCCUUUGUAUCGCACCAGUUUGGAGUUUACCAUAAUUGAUUUGAUAGCCAAUCUGGGUGGAAUCUUUGGCCUCUGCUUGGGUGCUUCUAUGGUCAGUGCCUUCGAAUUGAUUUACUAUCUAACUGUGGGCCUCGCAAUGCAUCUAUAUGAUAAUAGAUAUUAUGGGGUUUUAAGCAAACAACUGCGCAUCAAGUGGGGGAAGUUUAAGAGCUACCUUAAAAACGAAGUGAGCCAUCUAGCAGAACAUCCUGCUAACCAAAAAGAAGUCGGCAAAAGUCAACUAAGGCAUCCCUUUAACCAAAGAAAAAAUGUUUGGUAA